AUGACCGCACCCCAGCCUCCGCCCGCGCCGACGAACUUUCUGGCGGACAACAAGUUCCCCGACGACCUCGUGGUUUCGAUACUCGGACGCGUCCCGUGCAAGGACGACCGCGCCAGCAUGUCCCUCGUCUGCAAGGCGUGGCACGACAGGAUCGACCGCCUCAUCAAGGAAAAGCGCACGCCGCCCGCGCCCCCGCCGCUCCCGUGGCUCCUCCUCCCCUCGCGCUUCCGCAACGACCCCGCCUUCUUCCGCGCCGCCUGCGUCCUCAGCGGCUGCUGCGUCCACCCCCACCACAACCACCGCACCAUCCUCCCGCCCGAGGCGCGCUUCGUCGGCUCCUACGACGGCGCCUGGAUCUUCCUCUACUCCGACGAGAUGCGCGCGCACGGGCUCCUCAACCUCCGCACUCCCGCAAGAGCUCGUUCGCGAUCGUGA